AUGAAGACGCUGGGCACCAAUGCCAUUCGUAUAUACCACGUUGACCCUGAGGCUAAUCAUGAUGGAUGCAUGGCCGUCUUCGACAAAGCCGGCAUCUAUACCCUCAUCGAUCUUGACACUUUUGACUCUUACAUUCUUCCCAACACGCCUUAUUGGAACGAAACGCAGUUUAAUGCAUACGCCAAGGUCAUGGACGUUUUUGAGAAGUACGACAACGUGCUUGGCUUCUUCAUUGGCAACGAGAUUAUUGCGCUUAACAACCAGUCUCAAGUCGCUCCGUUUAUGAAGGCUGCCGCACGCGAUAUGAAAGCCUACAGGGACAAGAAGGGCUACCGCAAGAUUCCCGUUGGGUACUCUGCUGCCGACAUUGCUGAGCUGCGACCCAUGCUGCAGGACUAUCUCACUUGCGGCGGCAAGCCGGAGGACAACAUUGAUUUCUUCGGGCUCAACUCGUACGAAUGGUGCGACCCCAACACUUACAAUACUUCAGGUUACGCGAACCUGCAAGCCAUGGCCGAGCUGUUUCCUGUUCCUAUUUUCUUCACUGAAACAGGCUGCAUCACCGGCCAGGGUCCACGGACGUGGGACGAUCAGGACGCCAUCUUCAGUCAGCCCAUGAUCGAUGACUGGAGCGGAGCUAUGGUUUACGAGUGGAUCUAUGAGGAAAACCGGUACGGUAUCGUUUCGUACGGGCCCGAAGUCUCCAAGACCAUCACUGCUGGCGACGUGUACGACGGUUUCACCCGCAAGGGAACUCCCAUCCCUCGCUCCCCAGAGUUUCAAAACCUCCAGUCCAAAUGGGCCACCAUCACACCCACUGGUGUCAUGAGAUCUGACUACGACCCAAGCAGUGUUUCUACUCGGGAAUGUCCCAAGGCCACGGGUGGCUGGCUUGUGGAAGGUAACGUCGCACUGCCCAGUCUGGGAGAGACGUUUCAAGGCAGUUACUCGACCAAUCCAACGGCACAGCCUGGCACAGGCACCGGCGCGUCUGGUUCCGCAGCUCCUACAGAAUCGACCAAGUCCUCGGCGCCCGAGAGGCCGUCGGGCUCUGGUACAAAACAGAUCGCCGGCAUGGCCAUUGGUCUUGUCGGCGUCAUGAUCUUCUUUACAGUGUGGAUGUAA